CAAUAAUCUGCAUAUAUAGCAAAACAAACUUAAUCUUAUACUCAGAAAAGCUACUUAAGCACCAGGUGAUAUGUCAGAAUUCUGAACUCUGGCGUGCAUAAGCAGAUAGGAAAUCACUGAAUAUGGCAACUUUAGUGAAAGACUUUUCGUCAAGUGAAACACAAACAUCUACCAAUGAGUCAACUUCUGAUGACAAAGAUAAAACCAGAGAUUUAUGUGGGAAUCCAUCAGAGCCUUUCAAGUGUGAAAUCUGUAACAAACUGUUUAUCUCUUCAAAUUUUCUUGUGUGCCACACAGAAAUCUAUCAUAAAGAUAAGGCAAAAGUGAAUAAAAAAGAAAAUGGUGAACUUUCUGAAACUUUAUUUACUGAAAACGUUUUUGUUAAUGGAGAAGAAAUCAACGGAUUUAUAAAAGAACAUUCUCUUAAUAGAAAAGACAUAAGUCGAUCUGAGGAUGAGAAAACUAUGUUUUGCAGUAAGAGUUGCAGUGAUAAAAGUGAUAUCAUACUCAGGAAUCUGAAGGAAAACCAGACUCUUAAGAAAAGUGAAGAGGAUGAAAAUGCCUGUUCUGGAGAAAUGUUUUCUGAAUUAGAUGAAAAUAAGGAGGCAGAUGAAGGAAUGAGGAAUUUAGAUGAACAACUUCUAUCUGAUACUGAAAUGCAUAAAUGUGAAUAUUGUGAAAAAUUAUUUAUUUCAGAGGAUUGUUUAGUGACUCAUAAGAAACAGCAUAGUGUAUCAGGUUCUGUUGAGCAUCAGUGCAGUUAUUGUAUUUUUUCUGCCAAAAGCUUUUCUGAGCUUUUAACUCACUUAGCCAUUCAUCAAGAUAACAAAAAAUAUAAACGACCUUUCAAAUGUGUGAAAUGUAGGAAAUAUUUUGAAGAGGAAGUUCUUCUUCGUGAACAUGAGAAAUCUCAUGCCAAUUUCCAACUUGAAAAGUGUAGCAUUUGUGACAAAAUGUACAGAAAAGGCUCCGGUCUGGCUACCCACAUGAGAGCUCAUCUAAAAAACAUUCCUACUUCACCAUCAUGUGAAAAUGUUAAACUUAAUAGCCAUGAAAUAGCUGUAAAAAAAAUAAAUAAUGCAGGAGAAAAGCGUUCUCACUGUUCUGUGUGUGAUAAAGGUUUCACCAGCACAAAUAGUCUUAUGAGACAUUACAUAGCAAAGCAUGAUCCUAAUAAUCCAAAUGUUGCUUCUACAUCUUUUGAAAUUCAACAACAAGAGGAGGAAAAGGAAGAAGAAUUGUAUAAAGAUUCCUACUCCUGUGAAAAGUGUGGAAAGCUAUUUACAUCUGUGAAAAUGUUGGAAGGGCAUAGAAAAAUACAUCGAAAUGAAACAGAAGAUCGGAGAUUUAAAUGUCCUCAUUGUAAAUAUUCUACAAAUAGGUCAUCAGAUAUGCGAAACCAUACUGUAGUUCAUACACGUGAAAAACCACAUCAGUGCAACCUUUGUGGAAAAAGAUUUACAGAAAGGGGCAGGCUACGUAAACAUGUUCUUAUUCACACAGGAGAAAAACCUUUUGAUUGUGAUGUGUGUGGGAAAAAAUUCUCACAACGUGCACAUUUAAAUAGUCACAUGAGGACUCACAACAAAGAGAAACCAUACCGUUGCCCUUACUGUGAAAAAACGUUUGCAUAUCUUAAUGUCCUAACUCGUCACCAAAGGACCCAUACAGGAGAGAAGCCAUACAAAUGUACCCAUUGCAGCAAAAGUUUUAGAUCCAGCAGUGCUCUUCAAGACCAUGAA